CAGGUGCAUGUUAACCGGAAAACGUUAAAAUGCUGUCUCAGGUGAGUGGGGUUUUUCUGCAACCAGUAAACAUGGAUGCUGCUGCCCUGAAGUGGCACCUUGACACACACAAGCUCCUCCUUGAGACCCUCUGACCCAACAGGGACACACGGUAAUCCCGGGGAGAAGGCCACAUACGGAAACUACGGCAUUAGCACUGUCUUGUAUCUGUUUAAAAGAAUCAAAAUCUGAAAUCAAGCAGUCUACAACCCGCUUCUGCGGCGCUCUGGAGCCGGCGCUGUCCCUGGACUGCUCCCUCCGCGGGGCCGCGGCACCCCAGAGUGCUCCCCGGGGCGUCACCCCGCCCUGCCCCAACAUGGCGGCCCGGAUUCGGCGCCGGCCUCCCGGAUCAAAUAUGGCUCCGGGGCGCGGCGCUGGCCGGGCCCUCUCCCUCUCCCGCCGCUUCCAGCUGCCGCCUUGAGUAUCCCCUGUUCCCAGCAGGCAGCUUGGAUGUGGCCUCCUUCUCCGGAGCCUGAAAGUCUGCGUGGCGUGGAUGAGGCCAAGGUGUCACGGUCAAAUCAUCCCUGCGGCGGCCUAGCUCGGCUCCAGGCGCCCUACUCGGGGGCGGUUCAGAGACUCUUGCCCUCAGCAGCGCCCGCCGCCCCGUUUCUAACACAGGCACCCCACGGCCUUCCCUUGACAGAGUGGGUACAGGCUCCCAGCCUGUGCCGUGGGCUCUUUCGAGAUACGCUGUCCUAAAUCUAAAGGCCUCUGGACUUCUCCCUGCAGUUGGGCUCUGGUGUGCAAAACACUUCGGUGUGAGGAAACUCUCCAGGGUUUGAGGUGCAUUGCUUCAGUUCAAAGGAGCGCAACAUUGCGCUGCAAGACGUUCUCCUUUCAUGGAUUUUUAAGAUUGUACGUACCUUCAGUUACUUGGCCGUCGUGGGAUCUGUACCAAUACAGAUCUAUACAAAUACAGAUAACUCUUCAGAUUAUAUGAAUUGUUACGAUUUUUUUUUUUUUUAAAUCACUGUUAUUUAAUUCAUUUAAUAGUAGAUGUUAAAAAAUCAGUUUUUCAUUACCAGGUUACUAAUAUCUCUGAUCUCAUGCAGGUCUUUGACAUAAAGAAAAAUACUUAAUUGCGUUUGUUUGUAAAAGACAAGAGUCUUGUCCUGGAGCUCAUGAGCCAGCAUUUACUCUGUCCUCAGAAGACCUCAGGAAAGCGUUUUAACUGCUUAUUCGAACAACACCGAGAGACACAGAGAGAGAGAGAGGAUUGUUUAUGCAGCUGACGCUCCAUGCUGCCCCGUCAUGUGCAGAGGUUGGGCAGAGACUGCAUUGCCCACUGGAAUGGUUCUCAGAUACUCACCUUGACCAGCCCAGGUUCUGGCUGUAUGAGAUGGGCCGGACACUAUCCCUGGGUCUCGUUUCCACUUCCUGCUCCGGUUGAUUUCUCAGCAAACUGGAGACUUCCUCCGUUUUUUGGACCCUGGAGACAAGUUCAGAACUCUAAUUGGCAGCUUGAUAACUUCACACAAAGUUCUUGUUUUCACCUGCCUAACCCCAGUAUGAAAUCUGAGGGAGAAGAACCUUUGACAAAGAGGAGAAGACUCAGUGGCCAGCAUGAUACUUCAAAUCCUGAAGAAGAAACAAACUUCUCUCAUCAGAAGGAAGCAUUGUGUCUUUCUGUAGCACAGAAUGAAGAAAAACAUAACAGCAAGAAAGGAACUGUCAAAAGACACUGGGAAUAUUUCUGUCAGUACAGUAGAACAAUGAAAAUCUUUGAAAAUAAAGAAACUGACCAAAGCAAUACAGAAAGUGAGGCAAAAUUUGAUUUUACGGUCAUGUCCUACAAUAUCCUCUCACAGAAUUUGUUAGAAGAUAACUCCCACCUGUACAAACACUGCAGGCAACGACUGUUAAUCUGGACAUACAGAUUUCCCAACAUUCUACAAGAAAUCAAACAGCUGGAUGCAGAUGUACUCUGUUUACAAGAAGUCCAAGAAGACCACUAUAGAACGGAGAUCAAGUCAAGUUUGGAAUCCCUGGGGUAUCACUGUGAGUAUAAAAUGAGGACAGGGAGAAAACCCGAUGGCUGUGCUAUUUGCUUUAAAACUUCCAAAUUUAGCCUGAUUUCAUCAAACCCCGUGGAAUUUUUUCGCCGUGAUAUUCCACUCUUGGACAGGGACAACGUUGGACUGGUGUUGCUUCUGCAGCCUAGAUUUCACUGUAAAACUAAUGCUGCAAUCUGUAUAGCCAACACACAUCUGCUCUAUAACCCAAGGCGAGGGGACAUCAAACUGACCCAACUUGCAAUGCUCCUGGCAGAGAUUGCUAGUGUUGCCCCUCAGAAGGAUGGUACCUUCUGUCCAAUUAUCAUCUGUGGUGACUUCAAUUCUGUUCCUGGCUCUCCAUUGUACAGAUUUAUAAAAGAAGGAAAGUUAAAUUAUGAAGGACUUGCUAUAGGGAAGGUGUCUGGACAAGAACAGUUUCCAAGGGGACAAAGAAUCCUAUCUAUUCCUAUUUGGCCAAAAACAUUAGGUAUUUCACAAAACUGUGUAUAUGAAAUAAAACAGCAACAAAAAGAAGAAAAUACAGAAGAAAAAUCGGAAGCAGCAAAACUGGACAACACUCAGGAGAUUGUAAUAGCAUCUGAAAAGUUAUCUUCAAAAUUGCAGCACCAUUUUAAAUUGUCUUCAGUCUAUUCUCAUUACUUUCCUGGAACUGGGAUACCAGAGGUAACAACUUGUCACUCCCGAAGUGCUGUCACUGUGGAUUAUAUUUUCUAUUCUGCUGCAAAUGAUGAUACUGCUGCCCAGCCAGGAGCAGAGGAUUCUUUUCAUGGAGGUCUGAAACUUCUUGGCAGGUUGGCCCUUCUAACAGAGAAAGAUCUUUGGACUGUUAAUGGUCUUCCCAAUGAAAAUAACUCUUCUGACCACCUGCCAUUGCUAGCAGAGUUCAGGCUUAUUGAACGGUAAUAUCCAAAGGACUUUUUGUGUACGUAAAGUUACCUUCACCUUCUCUCUUCAUGUGAUGAUGAUUAUUUUUUUAAAGGUUAAUUCAAGCACUGCUGGUUCGGCUUGAAUAAGUUUGCAUGCAUGCUGAUUCGUUAGUAUUGUGUAAAGUAGACUUUUAAAAAAGACUUUUUUUAAAAUGUUUAAAUUACUUUAUCAAGUCUUUAAGGCAAAAAGAAAAGAUUUUACAUUAGCUUCUUCUUUGAUAAUGGAAAACACCUGUGCCAGCCUCAAAAUGGCUUUAUUUUUCACGGAGAUGCUCUAAAUGGUUUUUAUUGUAAAUCAUAAUAAAACUGAUUAUUCU